UCUCAAUAGUCCACGACCUCGUUUUGAGUAUCUAGUAAAGAGCUUCAAAUUGAAGCGUGCAUGAGUUACCUUAGCCAGCUACCUUACGGAGUACAUGUGAGCGAGUUACAAGCCUGCUUCAAAACCUUUGAGGUGUCUUAUCGAUAAGGACGAGAUAAGAUAAACCCCACCACGAUGGUAAUUUUUUUCUCACAGUCGCUCAGAGUCGGUGGAUGUUGGAGAAUUCGCUUUGCGCAUACCAACCCGACUUUUCCCAGUCGAUAAGUCUUGAUAUUUCAAAAGUUGAGCAAAUAUCCUGCCAACUUCGACAGCCAGCUUGCAUUUGAAAGCGUGCGCGCAAUAUACCCCGUCACAAGUGACUUCCUGAAGAAGCCACUACUGUCUUCAAGAUGUCAAUGAUCACAACAUCAACCUGGGUGCCCCGAGGCUUCGCGGCACCAUUCCCCUCAAAAUACACCUUUGACGAGUCCGAGUAUGAGCGCAUUGCCGAACUCGCCAAGCUCCAGCUGGACGACGCCGAAGAGGAUCUGAGGGAAGCGCAGGACGAGGAGGAGGGCGCCGACAAGCCUGCCGACGAGGAUGCGACAACAGGCGCAUCUGGCAAGAAGGCCGAGCAACUACCUUGUAGGGUCAAUAUCAACGACGACGAUCUGAAGGAGUACGACCUUGAGCACUACGACGAUACCGACGAAGAGGACGAGGAAAGGGUCGGUCAAGGCGAGGGCAUGGCCAUGUUCGGUAACAUCAAAUCUCUAGCCUACUACGAAUCGAAUAAGGAUGAUCCGUACAUCACCCUGCCCGCCAACGGCGGGCCGGACGACGACGAUGAGGACCGCGAGGACCUGCAGAUCCUAGCGACCGACAACCUCCUGCUCGCUGCCAAGGUCGAGGACGAGAUGGCUCACCUUGAGGUCUACGUCUACGAGGACGCCGCCGACAACCUCUAUGUUCACCACGACAUCAUGCUGCCCGCGAUCCCCCUUUGCGUUGAGUGGCUCGACAUUCCCGUUCAAAAGGCCGGCGUCGACAAGGACUCGACGGCCAACUUCGUCGCCAUCGGCACGAUGGACCCCGAUAUCGAGGUCUGGGAUCUCGACACGGUAGACUCCUUGUACCCUAACGCCAUCCUCGGCCAGGCCGGCGAGGGCUCAGAAGAGAAGAAGAAGCAGAAGAAGAAGAAGAAGGCCAAGAAAGCCAAUGACGAGUACCACGUCGAUGCCGUCCUCGCCCUUGCCGCGAACAGAAAACACAGGAAUCUGCUGGCCUCUGCCUCCGCAGAUAAGACGGUGAAGCUUUGGGAUUUGCACACGGCCAAGUGCGCCAAGUCAUACACCUACCACACGGACAAGGUGUGCUCUCUCGCGUGGCACUCGGUCGAGUCCACUGUGUUGCUGAGUGGCAGCUAUGACAGAACAGUUGUCGCCGCAGACAUGAGAGCUCCCGAAGCCAAGGCCCCUAGAUGGGGUGUUGAAAGCGACGUCGAGAACAUCCGCUGGGACCCUCACGACCCCAACUACUUCUACGUCUCCACGGAAAACGGAAUCAUCCACUUCAACGAUAUUCGCAAUGCGCCGUCAACCCCUGAGGCGACCAAGGCCGUAUGGACCUUGCAGGCACACGACGAGUCUGUUUCGUCCUUCGACAUCAACCCCAUCGUGCCCGGCUUCAUGGCCACUGGCUCAACGGACAAGACGGUGAAGCUGUGGAACAUCCAGGCCAGCGGCCCUUCCAUGGUUGUCUCUCGCAACCUGGACGUUGGCAAGAUCUUCUCGACGCAGUUUGCGCCCGAUUCCGAGGUGGCUUUCAGACUCGCCGUUGCUGGCAGCCGCGGAACCAUGCAUGUAUGGGACACUAGCACCAACGCCGCCGUUCGACACGCGUUCGCCGAGCGUGUCCCGCAAAAGCCGGAGGGCGUCGAGGAAGACCGUCUUGUUGGCGUUCUUGAUGAUGAUAGCAGCUCCAGUGAGGACGAAGGAGAGGAGGGUGAGCAGGAUGGCGAUUCGAUGGACGAGGAUGAGGACUAGGGUAGACGCUAAUCAACAUGGAUGGGGAAUUUUCCCGCAGGCUUGGCCAGAUGGAUCGAAACCGCAGGCCCAAAUAGUCUCCGGCGCCCGCCCAAAACUUAGAAACUCGUAGGCCACAAACAUCACACUGAUGAUGACGACUCUGGGCCGGCGUUGUUGAAAACAGCGAAGGAAGUAGACGGCCUGUAUCAAUCAGGUGGAGAACAGCCUUUCAGUGUAGAAGUUAGUCUCAAGUCGUCCGAAGUUAAAUGCCGUCGUCUGAACAGCAUCAAGCAU